AGGUAACGAGCGGAGGCACCCAAAGCCAAUCCCAAGGGUGGAAAGCGCCAAAGUCAACACUGAACCUGCAAACUUGCUCUGUCUUCGCCUUCGCGCUCUCAAACAGAAACCAUAAUAUCCCAGCGUAUCUUCUCUAGGGCAAUUGAGUCGAGUUAUUAAUGGGUCGACGGAGGAAUUCAUCGGCAAUGAACAAGCUAAUUACAUGGGGGAGGAGGCAGUCCAUGAAGGUCAAGGCUUUCUUGGCCGUGACUUGUCUUCUCUCAACAUUGGUGGCUCUCAAAUUGCUUAUUAAAGAUCACGACCACUUUUUUGUUGCCCCUGAGGCUGCACAUUUUUUGGGCAUCAUCGUCCUGAUUUAUAAGCUCUCCAGUCAAAAGACUUGCUCAGUUUUUUGGUCACUGCUUCCUCCGGAUGAUCAUGGAAUCUCUGAUCCUGUGGAGUCUUCCUUGUCAUUAUCAUUCAGCACAAUUUCAAGUUCACCGAAUGGAGUUCCACAGUCAGCUGGAUUUGCCAUUGCCUCCUUGCAGUCUAACAUCCUAGACUAUCCGUUGCUUGCUCUGUCCUCUCCCUUCCAGCACGGACGCUGUCUUUGAGUGAUGGAAUUGGCUGUUGGUGAUCAAAUAAGAGAGAGAUUGUAGAGAAUAGCUGUAAUUAGCACAGUUAAGUGUUCAUAUAAGAUCUGUCCUACAGCAACUAAACUGGGUGUAUUAGUUAAUGGGAAGAUAGCUUCUCAAAAUCCAAUCCUUGUAUUGAAGACGCGGAUCUGAAAAGUAUUCUUUUCUCCGGAGGAGGAUAGUCAUGUAGAUAACUAUGUUGAAGAAUUCCUCGAGUGGGGUAAAAAGAGGGGAACGAGAGAGGAUAGCAAAGUUGUCAGACUCAAAGAAAAGUAAUUAUUAGUCGCUUUU